AGAGAGAGAGAGAGAGAGAGAGAAUAAUACGAGUUUGUCGAGGGAAAAGAGGUUAGGAGAGAGAGAGAGCGCAGACAUGCGUUUAUGGCUGUGUGCGUUUCCACCGCCUCUCCGUUCAAAAUUCAACACUGCCCACAAAAAUCAACCCCCAAAUACACCCACACACUCCCCCCACCCCCCCCUAGUCUCUCUCUCUCUCUCUCUCUCUCUAAUUUAAAAAUGGAGUUAAAGAAUAAAAAAUCUUCUGGCUUUCCUGGAAUCUCUCUUUCUCUCCUCUGCCUACAAAGAAAGAUUUUCAGACCACAGCCUCCCUCUCUUCUCGCUCUUCCAUAAUUCCUCUCUCUCUCUCUCUCUCUCUCUCUCUCUCUCUCUCAGAAGCCCUUCAUUCGCACCACAGAAUCUCCUGCUUUCUCGAUCUCCAAUCUUUUCCCCACCUUUUUCAUGCCUCAUCUCUUUCUCUCUAUUUCUCCGGCUUUCCUCGGUUCUCUCUCCCCCUAAAUCGGAAAUUGAAUUUCAAGGCUGUCGUUAAACUUGUACGGAGUGAUCGUGAUCAUUAUUAUUUUGAAGUUUUUCCCGCGACCAACUCUGCUCAUCGGGAUUCGCCGCAUUCUGGCCUCAACUUUGCCGGAAUCUGGCUUCCCCUCCCCCCCUCCAAAUUGACGGAAAACUACGACGAACAAAAGGUUUCCAUAAUUUAAUUUCAAGUCUUCUUUCUGUGGGGCAUAAGAACGAAAGAGUUGUAGAAAAUGAGACCCAGGAUUUGUGAGCUCUGCAAUGGAGAAGCUGCCCUGUACUGCGCCUCUGAUUCUGCGUUCCUCUGCUGGAGCUGCGACGCCAGGGUUCACGAGGCCAACUUCCUCGUAGCUCGCCACGUCCGCCGUACUCUCUGCUCCAAAUGCGACGGAUUCGCCGGAAACAGCGUCGCCGGCGUCGGGCUUCCGCCUCGCCGGUCGAUCUGCGCGUCGUGCUCGAUGGAAUCUCCCUACGACGACGACGUCGAUUCCGAUUCCUCGUCCUCGUCCUCGGCUUGUGUGUCCAGCAGCUCAAAGUCUUUCGCCGCUGCUCCGAAGAAGGCCGACGCUGAUCACCAAAGAACAGAGCGAGUCACUUCGCCGAGCUCCGUCACGGAGGUUUCCGGCCCGAAAGCCGGUUUCCCGGCAAAAUCCCUCGGCGAAGUCGCGUCGCUGGCGACGGCGAAGACGCAGAAGAGAAGCGAGGCGAGGACAAGAACCCUGAGAGGGAGCGCGCCGUCGAAGGCGGAGGCGAAGUUGGAGGGCGUUUUGGUCAAUUGGUGCACGAGGCUGGGGCUGAGCGGAAGCUGCACCUCCGCGAUGGUAGCAAGCGCCAUGGGUGCGUGUUUGUGUAAGUUGACGGUCUUGCCCUUGCGGGCAUCGCUGGCGGCCGCACUGUGGUUCAGUUUGAGAGCUUGUGUGGGCGCAUCGGCGUCCACGUGGCAGAAUCUGAGGCGCCUGGAGGACGUGUCGGGCGUGCCGGCGAAACUGAUAUUGGCCGCCGCGUCGAGGCUCGCACGUGCGUCGAAGAUUGAAAAAUCUACCCGGCGCGACCAGGAGGAAGGCUGGGCAGAAUGCUCUGCCUGAUUCUGAUUCUGAUUCACAUUUUGUGACAAUCAGGGAUGCUCUGUAAUUUUCAUUUUUCUCUUUGGAGGUCUAGUUGGGUGUGCAGAGUGGGAGAAGAAAAACAGAGUAGGGUGGUGGUAACGUAGCUAAUUGCCUAGAGAAAGGGGAUUUGUAUCCUUGGAUUGAUUUAGUAGCUUCAAUUCAUGUUUUGUGUUGAUAUUAAGAUUUAUGUUAUUGUAUUUUUCAUUGUUUGGAGGUAAUUAAUUUUUGUUCUAGUGGUUUUUGUGAGAA